UGGUAACGACUAUUGUCGCUAUUCAUAACGAAAAUCGUCGGUAUGAUGUCGUUAUAUGUCGCUAUCAUAACGCAUGGUUCGAUACCCCUCGGUACGCGUAACGAUCACAUAACGACAGUAGUGAAGCGUCUGAAGUGUCGAAGUGAUGAGUGUGUUCAUUUAAGAAGGACUUCACAUGUAUACAUCGUAAACAUAUAUUAAAAGAAAAAUUAACAUUUAAGGAAUUCGAGGACAUGGCCCUUGACUAUUUGGCGUGGGAAUUAGGAUUAGUGGUUGAAAGAGUGCGUCGACUAGAACGGCGUGUGGCAAGAAGGCAGCUGAGAGAUGCUCAAAACCCUUUUCACAUCCCACGAGAUGAAUUCAUUGACUAUUUUCGCCUUACUCCUGAACUGGUAAUCGACAUUGCAGCUGCAUUAAGGAUUGAUUUACAUAAUGAACGACUUACUGGCUUAGUGCCAGAAAUAAAGGUGUUGAUAGCCAUACAAUUUUAUGCGCAAGGCAGCUAUCAAAGAAGCGUUGGCAAUCAAUUCCAAUGGAUUGUUAGCCAAUCAACAACAAGCCGUUGCCUCCAUGCCGUAACUGAAGCGAUUAAUCGGCGCUUGCUGCGUAGAUGGGUAAAAUUCCCGAUGACCGAAGAAAAUCGACAGCAAGCGCGUGCAAAAUUCUCCGCUACUUUUUACUCAUUCGAAAGUGCUAUCGCUGCUAUAGACUGUACUUUUAUUCAUAUUAUAGCCCCUCAUGAAAAUGAAGAGGCGUUCAUUAAUCAUCACGAUCACCAUUCUUUGAACGUGCAAGCGAUUGUUGAUCCAGAUAUGAAGCUGCUUAACAUCAAUCCACGAUAUCCAGGUGCACGAAACGACUCAUACAUCUGGAGUACAUCACCAAUUCGUCGAGCAAUAGAAUUUCAUUAUAAUCGAGGAGAACGGAAAACUUGGCUGAUCGGCGAUGCUGGAUACCCUUUGGAACCGUGGCUCAUGAUACCAUUGGUCGAUUUUCCUGAAAAAUUGGAAGCACCAAUAGCUGCUGAUAAUGGUGAAUAUGAAAAUACUGGGCUCAUUGAUAACGAAGAUCUACAUCAAAGAGGACCGCGCGCUUUAGCUCAAAGAAUACAACGCCAAAUUAUGAGAGAAAGAUUUCCUAAUUAUCGAGAUGCACAAGAUGAAGAGCCUGCUGAAAAUGAUUAA